CCUAUCCUGCCAUACCUUACAGGCUUGCCCUCGUUCAUAUCUUAGAACAGUGGUCAUACAAGCUGAACAUGAACUCUGCUCCACCGUAAACUCAUUAUUAUUGUAAGGAGUCACGUAGAUAGUGUGUGUUGAGUAUAAAAUAGUACAGUACGUGUGUGAAGAUGAAGGCCUAUAGUUUGCUGUGUUUAAUAUUUCUACUCCCUGUCACAGUUAUUGGACAAACGACACCAGAUCGUGAGUAGCAAUUUUUUUCUGUUGAAAUCUGUAAAGAAAGCCUGUCUUUUAGUAUGAGUAGGAUAUGUAUUACUGUAGCAUUGAAUCAGAUGACAUCUCUAAAAUGAACAUGUAAAUAUACUGUAGGUUGUCCUGCUGCUUUUUGAGGUUUUGGGGGAGGAGUAGGUUAGGCCCUCUGUUUGAAGGUAGUGCUUUUUAUCAAAUUGUGUCUUCAUUUUCUCAUGAUGUUGCUGGGCCAAAUCACUAUCACGUUUCAGUUACAUCUUUUCUUUUUACAUCCAGCAAGUUGUGUAACAGUAGAUGACUUUGAAGUGUGCACAGGAACUGCAUAUACAUGCAAUGCUGAGAAAAGCAAAUGCUACUGUAAGGACAAGAAACCUUUCUGUAGGUGUAACAACUACAUAGACAAGUGGUACAUAGGGGAGAAGUGUGACUUUGAGUGGACCAUAUUGAACUUUGCCCUGGUAUCAUCUCUACCAGGACUGGCCCUGGCUGUUAUUGUUGGUGUGAUGGUCCAGUGUGUCCAUUACUUAAGGAAACCAGCAAAGAAACAAAAGGAUCGGACAACGAGUUACACAAACUAUGCAAUGUCACCGACAACAUAUUAUGAAAAUAACCAAGAUGACAUGUUCUCCAACACAGUGUUUGCCUCAGACAUGCCGAAUCGGCCAAAGCCCCCCAGUGUCCAGCCCACCCAGGAGAGGUUUCCCAUAUCCAACUUACCCAACCGCCCUUACAGCCUUCAACCAAACGGCAUGCGGCCCACUUUAGAUAGAUUGUCUUUGACCAACCCUACAAGCCAGCCAUACAACUAUGCUACAGGUAUGACGCAGCCCCUGGGUAACCCCUAUCCCAAGUCUCCAUCGCCAAGGAACCCGUAUGAAGACAGAGCGCCACCUCCAGACUGUUAUGACGACCAGCACAUGAGACCAACACAGCCCCCACCAGGACACAACGGCAUGAUGAGAGAAGGCAUGUCUGGGUAUCCUGCGCCCAGUUCACCUGCUCCCCUCUAUUCAGCACCGGAGUACAACCUCAGUUCCCAGUUUCCCAGAGCCCAGAUAGGGAGACACUACUGAGGACAAACAGGAGUGACCAUGGCCUGAAUUAGAACGCCACCAAUUUCACUAUCACAAUUCAAAAAAGUUCAACUCGUAUAUAAUUUAAAGUGAGUGGAAAAUGUAAACAUUCAAGGACUUUGUAAACUUUAAUUUAACGUACUAAAAAAUGUAUUGUGGCUGGCUGCUAAGUUUUAUGAGUAAUCCCCAUUGACUGAUUAUGAAAUUUGCUCAUAUUUUUGCAGUUUUAAGAUUUAUUGUUUGACAAUUUUGUAACUAAUAAAGGCUAUUAUUCCUA